AGAAUCAGGGGAACUACAACUUCGCUCUGCCCCGCCCCUAUUGCGCUAUCCAGUUUUCUUUCUUUCUUUUUCAGGAUUCAUAUGAUGACUUCGAGUAACGACCAGAACCCGUAUUUCUACGCUGCACCAUUCUGACAAUCAGCCCUCGACAUGUCCUGGGUGAACUACAUUUUGUUUUUCACGGCUGGUGCAGCACUCGCUUGCGAUCCACAGACCCAAUACCAUAGAGAAGAUGGCCAGUGUUGCAAAAAAUGUCCUCAAGGAACCAGGAUGUCGGACAAUACAAAUUGCCUGGAUCCCCUGUGCAAGCCAUGUGAGGUGGAUGAGUAUCAGAUGGGCUACACUGUGGAAAAGAAGUGUGACCUUCAACCGUACUGUGACCCCAAUAAAAACAUGGUCCACGAUGGACCUGUUACAAAGGAGAAGCUAAGCGUGUGCAGGUGUCGUGACGGGUUUCACUGCCACACCGAAGCGUGCAUUACCUGUGUGGCCCACUCCCACUGUGCAGCCGGACAGAGGGUCAAAGACAAAGGGAACCAUUCUCUUGACACAGUGUGUCAAGAUUGUCCGCCCAACACAUUUUCUACUGGGUCGCCUGCAGACAGUGACUGCCAUGAUUGGACUGUAUGUGAACCUGGACCCGGAAAAAUAGAGGGUACAACCACAUCUGACGCAAUCUGUGAGUCAACACAUCGUCACCACUUCUUUUUGAUAAUCCCAAUCCUCAUAAUCCUUGCCCUGUUUGCAUUCGCAUACUGGAAACGAAGAGGUAAUGAAGAUAAAAAGCAGAGUUUUGAAGAACUCGGCACUACAGACACACCCGUGCCCAUUCAUGGACCGGAAGUAGCCAUAACGUUACCAGAAGAGAACGACUACCCGCUGGUCCGUCCUCAGCCCCCUAUGGGCACCAACGGCGGCCCCCCAGUGACUGACAACGGGAGAGUCGUAGCACAGGAAAGGGGGAAAGGUUCCGUCGUCCCACAACAAGAAUCCCAUGAUCCCUUGUUGCUUAUCAAUCCUUUUGACUAACUUCAACCAUGUUAUUUAAGUAAAGCUGCUUUAACAUGAACUAUCUUCUUCCAACAUGGUAUAGUGCUUCAGCACUAUUAACAACAGCGCUGAAACAUUACUACAUUGCUUCUGGAGUAUUGUGUCACUAAUUAGUAGGCUUUAAAUAUACUGCCUUCUAUGCACUUACAUUAGUCUGUGAUAGAUAUUGUAAAUAUAUAACAUGUCAUAGACUGACAUUGUUAAGUGUUUGAUAGAUUUUGUACAUACUUUUUUGUUUGUUUGUCAUUACGUUCUUGCGAUUGUUAAUAUUUUCUGAACAGGAGAAAAUGCGACCAUGUCAUGACUAUGUAUUGCCUUAAGGGGGUACUAGUGAUCUGCUAAAGGGUUUUGGAAGUACCCUUGAGCGUGAGGGAAUCUCUACUUGAUUCACUUGAGUAGCCUUUUAGCAACUCGCUGGAUCUUGCUGCAUAAUAGCAAUGCAAUAUGUUAAAGGAUAUAGUUGGUUAAUGAGAACCAUAUGUUCUCAGGUUUGUUCUAAUGUGAUUUGUUAUUAAUUUAAUUAAAUAAUGAUUACAAGGUGACAAAUGCUCGAUUUAGACAGUGGUGUGUGUAUGUGUGUAGAUUGGUUAUGCUUAGGGCCAAGCAGAACAAGAAAAUCGGAUUGAUUGUUGAUGGAAGUUUAGACCAUGGCGGAGGGUUUAACGAUGCAAUAGGCUCUUGUGAGAAUGGUAGGAAUAUCCUAUUCCCAGGUCUAUCUUCACGUAUAAUAUUAACUGUAUAUAGGUUGAAUUUUCUUAUUAGAAAUGUCUGUAUAAUAUUUGCUUUACUGUGUAACAAGUUCGUCUGAUUAUAAGCAGCCACGCCGAGUCAGGAUGUAGCCUAAAUGUAGGCUAUAUCUGAUAUCUUGUGUCUGAUCUGAAAAAUCCACGGUGUACACAUAAAGUUAAUAACAUGGAAAACCAAAGCGAUUUGUUACAGAAAUUGAUUUUAAACUAACGUAAUAUCUUGUUUGAUAAUAUCAUCGCAGUUGGUAGGUUUGGCAAUAUGUGUAAUAAAAAAAUGGUGGAUCAUUCGCCGUAGCCUAUUCUAAAUUAUUUAUAAACACUUUAAUAAAUAAUUUUAACUAAUAAAUAAGAAAUUUAACUAGGCCGAUAGGACACAUAC